AAAACAAUGAGUUCUUUGAAUGGAAGCAAUGAUUUAAUCGCCGAAAGCUAUGAGAGUAUAGUUAAGCCAAACGAUGAUAAACGCGAUUAUAAGGCAAUCGUAUUAACAAAUGGUCUGAAAGUAUUGCUUAUUAGCGAUAGAGAGACCGAUAAGAGUGCGGCCGCUCUCACGACAGGCGUCGGCUCUAUGAGUGAUCCCCGGGAUGUCCAGGGAUUGGCUCACUUUGCAGAGCAUAUGCUCUUCUUGGGCACCAGGAAAUACCCCGAUGACAAUGAUUACAACAAAUAUAUCAACAGUAACGGCGGUUAUCGUAAUGCAUUUACGGCUAACACUAAUACCACGUAUAUCUUUGAUAUCUCUACCAAUUAUCUCUCGGGAGCUCUCGACAGAUUCUCGCAGUUCUUCGUUGAGCCGCUUUUCACAGAGAGUGCGACCGAUCGGGAGAUAAAUGCCGUCCAAUCGGAGUACGAGAGAGAUCUAUCAAUGGAUAGUUGGCGUAACUAUCACUUGGAUAAGACACUAUCGGAUCCCAACCACGACUACAAUAAGUUUUCAAUUGGUAAUAUAGAGUCACUUAAAGAGAUUCCUUUGAAGAAUGGGACUAACGUUAGACAAGAGUUGAUAUCAUUUCACGAUCGCUGGUAUUCAGCAAAUAUCAUGUCUUUAGUUGUUUUGGGCAAAGAAAGCAUUAAAGAAUUGGAAGAAAUAGUGAUUCCGUUGUUUUCAGUGAUUAAACACAAGAGUGGAGUAACUCUUCCCAAAUGGCAGACAAACCCAUUGACCGCCGAUUGGCUGCAGAAACAGUGUUUUGUAGUUCCCAUCAAAGACUACCGCUCUCUUAAAUUAUCGUUUCCCAUAACAGAUAUGUCCGCGCAUUACAGGUCAAAGCCGUACCGGUAUUUGGGACACGUUAUCGGACACGAAGGUCGGGGCAGUUUGCUGUCGGAGCUGAAGGCCAACAACUGGUGCACCUCUUUGUCCGCCGGUCACACCGGUGGCCGUGGCUUUGGGUUUGACUUUUUUAAUAUAAAUGUAGAUUUAACUGAAGAUGGUAUGAACCACACGGACGAUAUUAUUGGUUUAAUAUUUCAGUAUAUCGCCAUGCUCAAAACUGAAGGAAUCAAACAAUGGAUUUGCGAUGAAAUCAAACAAAUGCUUGAAAUUGGUUUCCAGUUUAAAGACAAAUCACAACCAUAUAGUUAUGUACAAAAUUUGGUCACAACAUUAUUGUUAUACCCCAUUGAAGAUGUUUUGAGUUUGUCUUAUCUGAUGGAUGAGUACAAACCAGAACUGAUCACACAAUCGCUCAAUGAGUUGAGCGCCGAUCGGAUGCGAGUGAGAGUUGUGGGCAAACAGUUUGAGUCAAUCGCCGAUCGGACGGAGCGAUGGUUUGGAACCAAAUACUCACUCCAAGACAUUCCUCCGGAGAAGAUUCAGUUGUGGUUAAACAUAGGACUCAACGAUCGUUUAGCACUUCCGCCGCCCAAUGACUUCAUUCCCUAUAAUCUAAACGUCAAACCAAUUGAAGACAACAAUCAAACAGAGCCUCAAAUCAUUAGAAACACAGAAUUUUCUCGCGUUUGGUAUUUACAAGAAACUGAAUUCAAACAACCGAAAGGCUAUUAUAGUUUCAGAUUAACGAAUCCACUCGUAUCCGACAAUCCAUUUAAUAAAAACACUGCCGAACUGUUCACCCGAUUAUUCUGGGAUUCAGUCAAUGAGUACUUAUAUGCGGCAAAAUUGGCCGGACUUUACUUUAGCCUACGGUUGGGAUUGACUGGAAUAACGUUUUAUUUUUGCGGCUAUAACGACAAAUUGAGCAAGUUAAUUGUCACUAUAAUGGAUCAAUUGGUUGCAUUCAAAAUUGAUGACAAGAAGUUUGUAGUGUUUAAAGAGAUAUACGUACGUAAUCUGAAAAAUCGCCAUGCUAAUACUAUGAAUCAAUUACUAUCAAACCAUAUGUACGAUAUAACGGCUGACCGCGUCUGGACUGAUGAAGAGCUCAUACAAACUGUCGAUGACUUGACUGUCAGUAAUGUUUCCCAAUUUAAGGAUCAAUUUCUAUCCCGUUUUCAUAUCGAGGCCUUUAUCUAUGGAAAUGUACUCAAAAGUGAAGCCAUCGAUGUUUGCGAUGCAUUUGAACACAAAUUCAAGUCUCAGCUCAAGACUAAACCCAUCGCUUUUUCGCAACACUUCUUGAAUCGUGAGAUCCAUUUGACUGAAGGAUCCGAUUAUGUGUUUGAAUCCAAGACUUCAUUGCAUAAAACAAAUGGCAUUAAAAUCUAUUAUCAAAUCGGAGUCAGAGAUACAAAAACUAAUGGAUUGUUAGGACUCUUACAGCAAAUUUUAAAACAACCAUUUUCUGACAAAUUACGUACUAAACAGCAAUUGGGUUAUGUUGUCCGGGCAUACAUUGGAGGUGAUAAUGGAGUUUGUGGCAUGAAUUUUCUCAUUGAAUCCGAUUAUAAGCCGAGUUUUCUAAACGAGAGAAUCGAGGCUUACAUCCAAUGGAUUCACAAAUAUAUUGAAGAUAUGAAUGAAACUGAUUUCGAGACUCAAAGACAGGCAUUGAUUACUAGAAAACUCGUGAAAUCAAAAAAUUUUUGGGAAAAACACUCAAAAUUUUAUUGUGAAAUAAUGUCUAAAGAAAUUAAUUUCAAUCGACAGGAGAUUGAAGUGAAGGCUAUUAAAGAACUCACAAAACAAAAUAUCAUUGACUUCUUAAAGGUCCCUAACCGAGUGAAUUGUGAACAUAUGCUCUUCUUAGGCACUAAGAAAUACCCCGAUGACGACGAUUACCACAAGUAUAUCACUAGUAAUGGUGGCUAUUGUAACGCAUUCACUGCCGGCACUAAUACCACGUAUAUCUUUGACAUCUCUACUGAUUAUCUCUCGGGAGCUCUUGACAGAUUCUCGCAGUUCUUCGUUGAGCCGCUCUUCACAGAGAGUGCAACCGAUCGGGAGAUAAAUGCCGUCCAAUCGGAGUACGAGAGGGGGCUGUCAUCGGAUGCGUGGCGUAACUACCACUUGGAUAAGACUCUAUCGGAUCCCAACCACGACUACAAUAAGUUUUCGACCGGUAAUAUAGAGUCACUUAAACUGAUUCCGUUGAAGAAUGGGACUAACGUUAGGCAAGAGUUGCUGUCAUUUCACGAUCGCUGGUAUUCAGCAAAUAUCAUGUCUUUAGUUGUUUUGGGCAAAGAAAGCAUCAAAGAAUUGGAAGAAAUAGUGAUUCCGUUGUUUUCAGUGAUUAAACACAAGAGUGGAGUAACUCUUCCCAAAUGGCAGACAAACCCAUUGACCGCCGAUUGGCUGCAGAAACAGUGUUUUGUGGUUCCCGUCAAAGAUCUUCGCACACUUACACUAGUGUUUCCCACGCCAGACAUGUCCGACCAUUACAGGUCAAAGCCGUACCGCUAUUUGGGACACGUUAUCGGACACGAAGGUCGGGGCAGUUUGUUAUCGGAGCUGAAGGCCAGGAAUUGGUGCACUGAAGGACCCAAACAAUGGGUUUACAACGAAUUGAAACAAAUGUUGGAAAUUAAUUUCCAGUGCGAAGAGAAGUCCCAACCAAUCAGUUAUGUCCAGCAUUUGGUCCACACUUUACUGUUAUACCCAAUUGAAGACGUAUUGCGUGUGUCUUAUCGUAUGGAUGAAUACAAACCAGAGCUGACCACAGAAGUGCUCAACGAGUUAAACGCAGAUCGCAUGCGAGUGAGAGUUGUGGGCAAAAAGUAUGAGUCAAUAGCGGAUCAAACGGAGCGAUGGUAUGGAACCAAAUACUCAUUUCAAGACAUUCCUCCGGAGAAGACUAAAUUGUGGCUAAAUAUUGGACUCAACGAUCGGUUAGCACUUCCGCCGCCCAAUGACUUCAUUCCCUAUAAUCUAAACGUCAAACCAAUUGAAGACAACAAUCAAACAGAGCCUCAAAUCAUUAGAAACAACGAGUUUUCUCGCGUUUGGUAUUUACAGGACUUUGAAUACAGAAAACCUAAAGCCUAUUAUGCGUUCAAAUUAACA